AUGACUGCAUCAAGCAGGUACCCAGAGCGUGGCCACAGCUUCGCCAGCAGCUGCUUGUCGACUCCCACGGCUUAUGCUUGUGGCACUCGCAGGUCGCGCAAACGCAAGCACGAGGGGAGCAGAGUGAACAAGCGGAUCGCAUCAUGCGGCGCUCAGUUCUACACUGCCAACCUCUGGGUUGUACACGCUGAACGGCCGUGA